CCAUCAUGAAGGGUACGGUCUCAGUCUGCUGUCUCCUCUCCCUGCUUCUUUUGCAGGCCACAGCAGAGGAGGAGGAGGAUAUCAUCCUCCAUCCUGAGAGACAGAUCUCACAUCGAUGAGACGCUGCGGCUUGCAGCCGAGGAGAAAGCAGGAGACUAUGCAGCGGCCCUUCAAAAGCUGCGAAAUAUCUACCACAACUCCAUCAAGCCGAUGGAGCAAGCGUACAAGUACAAUGAGCUGAGGCAGCACGAGAUCUCAGCCUACCCCGGACGAACCCUAGGGGACUCAUCCACAGAUGGUGAAAUUACCUCCAAGCCCAUGGUGCUGUUUCUGGGACCGUGGAGUGUAGGAAAGUCUUCCAUGAUCAAUUACCUCCUGGGCUUGAGCGACAGCCCCUAUCAGCUCUACACAGGAGCUGAGCCCACUACCUCUGAGUUUACUGUCAUUAUGCACGGGGAGAAGAUCCGCUCGGUCGAGGGCAUCGUCAUGGCGGCGGACAGUUCUCGCUCCUUCUCUCCUCUGGAGAAGUUUGGCCAAAACUUCCUGGAAAAGCUGAUCGGCAUUGAAAUGCCGCACAAGCUGCUGGAGCGCGUGACUUUCGUGGACACUCCGGGAAUCAUUGAGAACCGCAAGCAGCAGGAGAGAGGUUACCCUUUCAAUGACGUGUGCCAGUGGUUUAUUGACCGAGCGGACCUCAUCUUCGUGGUGUUUGAUCCCACCAAGCUGGACGUGGGCCUGGAGCUGGAGAUGCUCUUCCGGCAGCUGAAGGGCCGCGAGUCGCAGAUCCGCAUCAUCCUGAACAAGGCCGACAACCUGGCCACCCAGGACCUGAUGAGAGUCUACGGCGCUCUCUUCUGGAGCCUGGCUCCCCUCAUCAACGUGACCGAGCCCCCCCGCGUCUACGUCAGCUCCUUCUGGCCGUACGACUACGCGCCCGACACCAGCCGUGAGCUCUUCAAGAAGGAGGAGAUCUCCCUCCUGGAGGACCUCAACCAGGUGAUCGAGAACCGGAUGGAGAACAAGAUCGCCUUCAUCCGCCAGCACGGCAUCCGCGUCCGCAUCCACGGCCUGCUGGUGGACCGCUACGUCCAGACCUUCAAGGAGAAGAUGAGCUUCUUCAGCGACCCCGAGCUGGUCUUCAAGGAGAUCGUGGACGAACCGGACAAGUUCUACAUUUUCAAGUCCAUCCUGGCCAAGACCAACGUCAGCAAGUUCGACCUGCCCAACCGCGACGCCUACCGCGACUUCUUCGGCAUCAAUCCGGUCACCAACUUCAAGCCGCUGUCGGCUCAGUGCUCCUACAUCGGAGGCUGCCUCCUGGAUAAGAUUGAGAGGGCGAUCACAAACGAGCUGCCCGCCCUGCUAAGCAGCAUUAACUCUGGAAAGCAGCCCGGCCUGUCGGCCUGCGAGGCGACUGGCUGCGGCGAGAAGCCAAAGAAUCGCUACCGAAAGAACUGAGGAACGCAGAAUAACUGGAGCGGAGGACGUGAUUAGAAAGAGGAGGCGAGGUGGAAGGGUGUGGCUCAAGCCAACCCUGGUUUUGUCAGAAUGCUUGGAUUGUUGAGGAGACAGAAAAGAGAAGAUUCUUGGUUUUUUUUUUUGUUUUUUUGUUUUUUUUUUCUUCCUCAGGAGAAUAAGGGGAGGUAGACGUAGGGACGUUGAGAAUGCUGCAGGUUGUGGGAGGGGAGGGGACAUCGCACGAUAAGGCAGCUCAAGGACACAAGCGCUGAAGACACGAGAACACGCAAUGACGCAAGACGAUCGCUGAGUUUUAUUUUUUUGUCGACACACACGCCUCCCUCUCUCUCCGGUGCACAAUCACAACGGACUGUCUGGGACUUUCGGGGGUUUUGGGGGAAAAAAAUAAUAAAGAAGGAAUGUAAACGGAUAAAUAACAUCAAAUAAAAAUUGAAAAUCCUGAGACUGAAAAUAGACAAAUACCAGCUCCCUUGUAUGUGAAUAAAACAGAAAAAAGUUUUUGCAGCAGGUCAAUUCCACGAGCUUCAAGUUGUUUUUGAAGUAGCUUUAUUUGCGGGUGCUAACGAAGCCUCAGUGUUUGGGAAGUGUCCAAACCGUCGCUUUUUUAACUGGCUUAACACUGCAUGUUGGAAAUCUCAGCCUGUUUUUAACACACGCAUGUGUUUUUCCUCUCAUAUUAACAAGCGUAAUGCAAUACUUCCAUGUUUCUGACAUUUGAACCAGUCUUGCCACGCAUUAAAUAAGAUCUCUUUCUUCUCUCUCUUAGUUUUGUAUGCUUGAGAUUCUUGGUUGUUGACGACCUGUGAAAUAGGCAGAGGUCAGGGUUCAAGGGUCAGAGUCUCCAGAGCGGAGAGGGUUUGUUCAUUCUGCUUCACUUCUUAAGUGUUCUGUUUUCGUUUGAGGCUUUAAAUUUUAAAUUCAGUCUUUUCCUCCAAUAAUAAGCUUGCCGGCGUUUCAAACUGAGCGACCACAAAAGACACAUGAAUUAUGUGCUUGAACUGUCUUUAACAAUUUCUUCUGCAGGUUAGAAAGAUAUUUAUUGAUUUUUUUUUUCUGUGUAACUUUCCAAAUGUGCACUGAAGUAGUCUGUACGUGUGCAACAAAAAAAAAAAAAAAAG